CCCAUCUAAAACCCUUAAUUUUGAUUGAGAAAAGCACAAAUCGAACUUCAUCAACCGGAAAUUAUUAACUUCUCCGAUGGCUCUAAGCCUGAGAAAAGCAGCCGGAGCCUCUACACUGUUCAAAUACCUAAGUCCCAAAUCCCAUUUUACCACCGCCCCACCUUCAAUCACACGCCUUUUUUCCUCUACUACCACCUCGGAUUCAGAUUCCACGAGCAAGGAGCAAAGCAACUCUCCAGAGCCAAUUAUGGUAAAGGGUGCUCCGCAAGAUAUCAAAAUGGAGAACCCAUUUCAGUCAGCUGGACCUUCGAACGUGCUAGAAGUGGAUAAUGUGAAGGAUGGAAUACUUGUGAGAGUGGCAAUGCCAGGUGUUAGUGAAGAUCGAAUUAAGGUAUGGUUAGAGAACAACACAGUUUACUUUACUGGGAAAGGAGAAAUCGAGCUGGAAAGUGAGAAAUCAGGGAGGAAAUAUGGAGGAAGUCUUGAGUUUAAGACUGAUUGUUGUAAAGCUGAGAAGGUUGAAGCACAAAUCAAAGAUGGUAUUCUUAGAAUGGUAGUUAAAGGUGAGAUGGGAGAAGAGGGAUAGCUUUGAGUUUCUAUUUUUUGUUUUCUUUUUUUUUUUUGAUGUAAUGCUUUGACAUGAUUUAUGAAAGAUUUAUAGGGUUUGGGAAAUAUUUGCUCAAAUGUCAAUGCUAGAUGAUGGUGUUAGAAUUUCUAAAUAUUAGGAGAGUGAUUGCAAAUAUUUUGAGAAAAAUGAUACUUCUUGCUGUGUAUACCUUGAAUCAUAGUACUAACAUAUUUUAAAUUU